GAAUCACUACAGUUCUAACAAUGACCACUUUAAGCAUCAGUGCACGCCAUUCUUUGCCCAAGGUGUCCUAUGCUACCGCCAUGGAUUGGUUCAUAGCUGUGUGCUUUGCCUUUGUCUUCUCUGCACUUAUUGAGUUUGCAGCUGUCAACUACUUUACCAAUCUUCAGACUCAGAAAGCAAUGAGGAAGGCAGCCAGGGCAGCAGCACUGGCAGCAGCACUAUCAGCAGCAACUGUACCGGCAGAGGACGAGAUUGUCUCGCAUUCUGACUCCAACUGUAACCUGAAGAAGCGAGUAAACUCCAUAAUGUCACAGACAGAUCAGUCUCCUGAAGCCAGCAUGAGAUCAAAUAGUGCAUCCCAGUGUCGACCAGUGUCUGUUCCUCCACCAGUCCCACCACCACCACCUAUUGGAGGCACAAGUAAAAUAGACCAGUAUUCUAGGAUCCUCUUUCCAGUGGCAUUUGCAGGAUUCAACCUCGUAUACUGGGUUGUUUAUCUUUCAAAAGACACUAUGGAAUUUUUUGAACCUACUGCAAUGCAUCUUCCAAAUGACCUUCAGUCCAACUGAAGAACAGUUCGAGGUUUCAAAGAAAUCACUGAAGGUCAUGUAGGUUUGAAGGAACUUCAAAGGAUUUGUCUAUCCACAAGUGCUCUC